CUUAUAAAAAUAAACCCUGUGGAACACUGGGCUUGGCCUCUGUGGCUGGAAUGUGUGAACCUGAAAGGAGCUGCAGCAUUAAUGAAGACAUUGGCUUGGGUUCAGCUUUUACCAUUGCGCAUGAGAUUGGUCACAAUUUUGGUAUGAACCAUGAUGGAAUUGGAAAUUCUUGUGGGACUAAAGGUCAUGAAGCAGCAAAACUUAUGGCAGCUCACAUUACUUCAAAUACCAAUCCUUUUUCCUGGUCUGCCUGCAGUCGAGACUAUAUCACCAGCUUUCUAGAUUCAGGCCGUGGUACUUGCCUUGAUAAUGAGCCUCCCAAGCGUGACUUUCUUUAUCCAGCUGUGGCCCCAGGUCAGGUGUAUGAUGCUGAUGAGCAAUGUCGUUUCCAGUAUGGAGCAACAUCCCGCCAAUGUAAAUACGGGGAAGUGUGUAGAGAGCUGUGGUGCCUCAGCAAAAGCAACCGCUGUGUCACCAACAGUAUUCCAGCAGCUGAGGGAACACUAUGUCAAACUGGGAAUAUUGAAAAGGGGUGGUGUUAUCAGGGAGAUUGUGUUCCUUUUGGCACUUGGCCCCAGAGCGUAGAUGGGGGCUGGGGUCCCUGGUCACUAUGGGGAGAGUGCAGCAGGACCUGCGGGGGAGGCGUCUCCUCGUCCCUAAGACACUGUGACAGUCCAGCCCCUUCAGGUGGUGGAAAAUACUGCCUUGGGGAAAGGAAACGCUAUCGUUCCUGUAACACAGAUCCAUGCCCUUUGGGUUCCCGAGAUUUUCGAGAGAAACAGUGUGCAGAUUUUGACAAUAUGCCUUUCCGAGGAAAAUAUUAUAACUGGAAACCCUAUACUGGAGGUGGAGUAAAACCUUGUGCAUUGAACUGCUUGGCUGAAGGUUACAAUUUCUACACUGAACGUGCCCCUGCAGUGAUUGAUGGGACCCAGUGCAAUGCAGAUUCACUGGAUAUUUGUAUCAAUGGAGAAUGCAAGCAUGUGGGUUGUGAUAACAUUCUGGGAUCUGAUGCGAGGGAAGACAGAUGCCGAGUCUGUGGGGGAGACGGAAGCACUUGUGAUGCUGUCGAGGGCUUCUUCAAUGAUUCACUGCCAAGAGGAGGCUACAUGGAAGUGGUACAGAUACCAAGAGGCUCUGUUCACAUUGAAGUCAGAGAAGUUGCCGUGUCGAAGAACUAUAUUGCUUUAAAAUCUGAAGCAGAUGAUUACUAUAUUAAUGGUGCCUGGACUAUUGAUUGGCCUAGAAAGUUCGAUGUUGCUGGUACAGCUUUUCACUACAAGAGACCAACAGAUGAACCAGAAUCCUUGGAAGCUCUAGGUCCCACCUCAGAAAAUCUCAUUGUAAUGAUUCUCCUCCAGGAACAAAAUUUGGGAAUUCGGUAUAAGUUCAAUGUUCCUAUCACCCGGACUGGCAGUGGAGAUAAUGAAGUAGGCUUUACAUGGAAUCAUCAGCCUUGGUCAGAAUGCUCAGCUACUUGUGCUGGAGGUGUCCAGAGACAGGAGGUGGUCUGUAAAAGGUUGGAUGACAACUCCAUUGUCCAGAACAGUUAUUGUGAUCCUGACAGUAAACCACCUGAAAAUCAAAGAACCUGCAAUACUGAGCCCUGCCCCCCCGAGUGGUUCAUUGGGGAUUGGCUGGAGUGCAGCAAGACUUGUGAUGGUGGGAUGCGCACAAGGGCAGUGCUCUGCAUCAGGAAAAUUGGACCUUCCGAGGAGGAAACACUGGACUACAAUGGUUGUUUAACGCACCGACCUAUUGAAAAAGAGCCCUGCAACAACCAGUCAUGUCCACCUCAGUGGGUGGCUUUGGACUGGUCUGAAUGUACUCCAAAAUGUGGUCCAGGAUACAAGCAUCGUAUUGUUCUGUGCAAGAGCAGUGACCUUUCUAAAACAUUUCCAGCUGCACAGUGUCCAGAGGAGAACAAACCUCCUGUCCGCAUCCGCUGCAGCUUGGGGCGCUGCCCACCUCCUCGCUGGGUGACAGGAGACUGGGGCCAGUGUUCUGCUCAGUGUGGCCUUGGCCAGCAAAUGAGAACUGUACAGUGUCUCUCCUAUACUGGACAGACAUCCAGUGAUUGUUCAGAAACUGUUCGGCCUCCCUCAGUGCAGCAGUGUGAGAGCAAAUGUGACAGCUUCCCCAUCUCCAACACCGAAGAGUGCAAAGAUGUGAACAAAGUGGCUUAUUGCCCACUGGUGCUGAAGUUCAAAUUCUGCAGUCGAGCAUACUUCAGGCAGAUGUGCUGUAAAACCUGCCAAGGACACUGACCCAUGGAAAGCCAGAGAGAACCUUGUCAUUUCAUCAUGGAAAUGUGUCCAUCAACGAGAGCCACCCAGAGGAAGAGGAUUGAUGUCCUUGCAAAAGCAUUACCCUGUGGAAAACGUAACCACUGGUCAGCCCUAGCUGACAGGAUUUCAAUAUUAUUUUAACUUCUGUGAAGUGGGAUUUAUUGAUCCAAAGUGCUGGACACGGUAUUAGGAGGGGAUGCCAGAUUGGAGAGAUCCAAACAACACAGGGAGACUUGCUUACUGUGGAACGUUUGUGUUCUUUUAAGUAAAUCCAAUAGCAUGUUUACCUCCUUGGACCAUUAAGAUAAUUUUUAUUAUGGACUUAGC